GUCGUUGCUCGCUAAAAACUUCUUUUUCGUAUGCUGUGUUCAUUGUGUUAGCCGGGAAUCGACUAUCAUUCAAGCAAUAUUUUGACAAAACCGAACGAAACUUUGUCUACACAACGAGAUUGUCUGCAAAUUAACUAAAGGUUUCUUCGGAAAACGAGAAAAAUAAGCAGAGAAGAUCCCUUUCUUCACUGUAACUCAUAGUUUUAGGUGCGGAUAGAACAUGAUUUCCGAGGAAAAUUACUUGAGUGACAUUACUACUUUCUUGGAGAAGAAGCCGAACAGUGGUGACGAUGGAAACGAGUCUGAUUCUUCGUUGAUCCUCGAAUUUCAGCCCAUAAAACAAAUAAAGAAGGAAGAUCUUCUCAAGCAGCUAGUCAGUCCAAAGCAGAAGAAAUUGGUCCCUGCCAAAAAUGAUGUUGUCACACCAUCGAAGAUAACUUCAAUUCUGGACGAGGAGGAUGAUGAUGACUUCUGCCGGCCUCUCUCGGACUUUUCCGAGCCUGAUUUGAUCCAAGAGGCUGAUGAUGAUAUUGAUGAUAAAGACAUUCCAACAGUUGACCUCUUGAAGUUAGAGUCCCCUGAAAAAUCACUCCUCUCUGACCAUGAGGAAUGUCAAUUCAAACUGUACUACUCAACAAGCCCUGAAGUUUCGCCUCAGCAGCCAAAGGCAAAGAACAUUUUGCAAGACAUUAAGAAUGUUGCACUGGUUAGAAGUCCGGUCACUGUCAAGCCCAAGCGGAAAAGGAUGAGAAAGUUGGAAAGUAUUUGCAAAGAAAAUCAGCACAAAGAAGGCAAAAAAUCUCCCAAGAAGAAGCAGUUGAAAAAGGUGGUAGAUGAGAACGAAGACAAUAUUCCACUGCAGCUUUUGAAGAGAAAGAAGACUAUCGGUGAUGAAAGUGAGGAGGACAUUCCUCUUGCGACAUUGAAGGCCAAAACCAAUACUGGAGGAGACAUCAGCAGUGAGGAGGACAUUCCUCUUGCGACAUUGAAGACCAAAACCAAUACUGGAGGAGACAUCAGCAGUGAGGAGGACAUUCCUCUUGCAAAUAUCAAAAAGAGCUCAAAAAUUUCUCUAGACCUGCCAGAGAAACUCAAAGGUGAGCAGAAAGAUUGUGUUGAUGGCGCUGAUGGCAAAAGGAAAGGAAACAGAAGGGACUCUGGAAGUGACAGCAGCGACAAAGAACAAAGUGGUCAUGAAUCGGAUGAACCUGCAGGCAGUGAGAAGAAAAGUGGUUCCAGCAGUGAAGGAGACGAUGAGGAUGACAAAAAGGACAAGAGGCGCAAGCAACCAGAAGAUACUAGUGAUGAGGAAAGCUCUGAGGAAGAAGAGGACAAAAGGAAGGAAAAGAAGCAAUCUGCCAAGAAGAAAAAGAUUUCCUCCGACAUAUCGUCGUCUGACUCUGAACUGGAAACGAAACCUCCCAGAGCAAAGAAGCGCCAAAGCCAGCCUCCGGCGGCAACCAAAAUGCUCGAGUCUGAUUCAAGUGAUGAUGAAGAGCUGCUCCCUCAGAGCAGGAAAAAGUCCAAGGUUGCCCAGAAAAGUCGUCAUUCACUUUCCGACUCCGAUGAUGAUGACGACGACGACAAGCCUUUAAAAAAUCUCCAGAAAGAAAAAAGCCAAAGCCGCUCUCCCGACAAGUUGACCAAAAGAGGCUUGAAUGAUUCUGAGGAAAGUGAUGCAGAAGUAUUGAAAUCUAAUCCAGCGCCGAAGAAGGCUAGAAAGCAAACCAGCUCCUCGGGAUCAGAAAGUAAACCGGCAGAAAAGAAAAAGCCAAAUACAAGUGCAGCUGGAAAGAGAAAACCCUCUCCCAAAAUCAGCCCUGCAAAGAAAAGCAAAACUCCUGAGGUAGGGAAGUUGCACAGUGAUAGUGAUACUGAUGAAAAUAAAAGUUGUGACUCUGAUGAUGAAAAGCCCUUGUCUGCGGUGAAGAAAAAUUUGUCGAGCAGCUCAGAAAAGAUUGCAGAUAGAGAUAGCAGCUCAGAGGACGAGAAACCUUUAAAGAAGCUAAAGAUUCCCAAGAAAUCUGUCAAACCAGAAAAAAGCUCAUCAGAUUCUGAAGAUGACAAACCCCUGAAGCCUAAGAUAAAAAACAAGGCCGGCAAAAAUGCAUCUGAUUCGGAGGACGAGAAGCCCCUGAAGCCAAGAACAAAAUCAGAGAAACAGUCAAGUAGUGAUUCUUCAUCUGAUUCAGAAGAAGAUAAACCACUAAGAGAAGUAUCAAAAGGAAAGGGCAAAGCUGCUGAAAGUAAAAAGCCUUCAAGGUACUCCAAGAAGAUCGACAAACUCAAGAAAUAUUUAAAAGAGGCUGGCUUCAAUUUUGUACACUACAGCAAGAUUUUGCAGCAAUGCAAUGGAAAUGAGAGAAAAUUUGCUGAUGAGCUUUUGAAAAUGUUACAUGACAAAGGACUGAAAGGAAACCCAACUCUGAAAAAAUGCCAGAAACUAAAAAAGAAACUGGAAAUCAAGAAAGAUGUUGAGGCCCUUGAUCUAGACAAUAUUAUUGAUGACGGCAAAACGUCACGUAGCUCAAGGUCCAAAGCUCCUCCUGCCACCAAGCCCAAAGUGGAACCAGUCAAGCGUAAGGCAGAGUCGUCAGGAUCCGAGGAUGAAAAGGUCAAGAAGAAGUUCUCUCGUCUGAAAGCCCUUGCUGAUAGUGACUCUUCCGACUAAGCGUAAGAAGAUUUUUGAUUGAAUCCUUUGAGAAUCUAUUCAAUGACAAAUUUGCUUUUUUUACAUAAAAAUAUAUAAUUUUCAAUAUCUAAGUACUUCUUUUGUUGGUUAUUUUAUAUGCAACAGUAGAUAACAAAAUGUUCAUACUAGAGCAAGCAUGUUAAGCGCUCAUAACGGCAAUUUUUGGAAUUGGCAAGCGUGAGCGUAGUGAUUGCCAAGUGCAGUGUUCGAAUCAAUAAAAAUUUGCGAAUUUCAUCAUGAAUUUUA